ACUCGACUGUAAGUACCCAUACACCAACUAUUCUUAAACAGUGUUCCAAGAUGGCAGGCAACAUGAAAGCUUUUCAUCUUAGAUGGGCGUCGUGCACCUUCAUCGCCUUGUCUGUCGUAACAAGGAUAGUUCAUGGCUCGACCUGUACUUCAUCGUACGGUUACAUGGAAAGUGAUACCGGCUCGGAUCGAGACAAGAUGCUUGUUGAUCAUCUAGUAAGAAACAUCACCGGUGUCCGUUCUCCAGGCGAAUGUCUGACGAUAUGCCUACGACAAGGUACCGAGUGUCAGUCCAUCAACUUUGCAUUGGGUCUUCAACUGUGUCACGUCAACGACGCCACCAAAUCCAGUUACGCGAGUGAUUUUGUAUCCAGUGAUGGUUUCAAUUAUUACGAGCCCUCGUCAUCCUCACACUGGCUGGAUACUCAAGUAUACUGCAGUGAUGUUGAUGAUACCUGUCACAAUGGAGCAAUCUGUACGGAGUAUUGUCAUCCUCCAUGGUUCAGAUGUGAUUGUCCUUCUGACUUCAUGGGAGAACACUGUACACUUUCGGUACAUUAUGAUGGCAUCCCGGCUACAUGCAAGGAUUAUUAUAAUGCUGGCCAUAGCACUAGUGGAGUGUUACAGAUCAACCCAGGUGGAUCAGGAGCCUUCGAUGUUUACUGUGAUAUGGACAAUGAUGGAGGUGGUUGGACUAUAUUCCAGAAACGAUUAGACGGUUCUGUAGACUUCUACCGGACGUGGUCUGACUAUGUGAAUGGUUUUGGUUCUGUCAGCGGGGAGUACUGGCUGGGACUAGAGAAGAUUUACCGAAUUGCUUCGAGUACGGUAAGCCUCCGGAUAGACCUACAAGACUGGAACAACAACUGGUAUUACGCGAGAUACUACUUUUACAGCCAUGCCAGCAAUGACCAUUACAGAGGCUAUUUCUGGGGUUACUAUGGAAAUGCCGGUGAUUCUUUAGGCUACCACAAUGGGUAUCAGUUCUCUACCUACGAUGCCGACCAUGAUGCGUGGGGAAGUAAUUGUGCUGCCACCUACCACGGCGCCUAUUGGUACGGGGCAUGUCAUCAUAGUAAUCUUAACGCUUACUACGUGAAUGGAGGUUCUGCAUCUAACUCUGCUGCUACUUCUGCUGCCUGGUACCAUCUUCAUGGGCAUAACUAUGGUCUGAUGCGGAUCGAAAUGAAGGUUCGAAGCUAAGAUGGAGUGGACCAUGUCAAACUCUCUGCCUAGCACCAAGAAAUAAUCGGACCAGUAUGUGCUCUCGUAUAACAAAACAUAAUCUAUACAUAUAUGUAUAUUCCUUUCCCUCAAGUGCAUUGUUGCGCUUAUUAAAUCACGGAGGUCUCCAUGAUUAGAUAUGAUUGGUGCAAGUGGGAUCGGCAGUAGUUAUGAAAAGGGAGUAGUCUCUCUACAUAACGAAUUACCCCAAAAUACUUUGUUCACUUGACUUGGACCAUGGAUCUAUUAGAGAUGAACAUUAAUCGGUUAAGUUCAUGCAUGAAUUCACCGACAUGUGACUAUCAUUGUCCUCUGAAUAACAUUAUCUUCUCAUUUAGCUACUUUGUUCCUAUACCAGGUCCGCCGUCAAAUAGUCAUAUGAGUUAAUGUUGUCAUAAGCGAAUUUUCCAUAACAUUUAUCUUGCUUGCUCUGUAAAAAUAUUGACUCCCAACUCCAUGGUAUUAUGAAUUGCCAAAUUGAUAGAAAUAAAAUUGAUAAUGAUAACAAUGAUUUAUUUCUUUAUGUUUUCUUUGAUACAAGGAUGGUCUCUUCAGUACACAAAACUGUUUUUCGAGAGAUGGUGAUAAUAAUGACCGUAACGAUAAUGAUGAAAGUGUAUGUAUUGAUAAUAAUAACAAAAAUAACAAUACAUGAGAUUUGUUCAGCGCACAUUCAAUCUUGAUAUAGAUGCCCAAGGCGCUUCAGAGCAGAACAACUACAUAAGCUUUAUACAUGUCAGUCAAGGUCUAUUAAAAAGCACUCUUUAACGGGUAUGUUUUCAUAUGGCAAUAAUGAUAAAAUUGAUAAUAACAAUAACAAUAUUGACAACAAUGAUAGUUAUGACGAUACUACUGCUGCAACUACAACUACUACCAUGACUACUUAAUACUAAUUCUAGUGAUGAUGAUAAUAAUAUUCACAACCAUAAUGAUAACAAACAACAAUUGUAAUGAAUGAUAAUGAUUUCAAUAAUAAUAACAAAUUAAAUUAUGAUAAUAAUAAAAUUGAUAAUGAAUACUUGUAUGUUUUGAAAAACCUGCAUAACUGUAAUUUCUGUAUCAUAUUUCUGUAUAAAUAAUUAUAGAUAUAGUUAUUAUUCAAAAUUCUGUUCAGAUAUGAACUUAAUAUAAUUUAUAUAAAGCAUGAUUACAGACAAAUACACGGAAAUGUAUUCCUUGAUUAAUGUGUUUUGUAGUUUAAUAAAAUUCAAGACGAUUAUUUAACUGUG